CCCUUUUCCUGACACUAAGCAGUGUGACUAACUGAGCCUUUCAGUGUUGGUUCAAUGUCUUUCUCUCCUUUAUGAUCAGAAAUUACUGACCAAAGAUGUGCACAAGGAGGAAAACAGGAAGUGGAGAAGAGGUUAAGCUCCUGCUGGACCAUCAAGAAAGUCCACAAUCCACCGAUCCAUUGGCAUGGCCUCCUGAUCGUGGACAACACGAUGAUGAUAGAGUGAAUUUCUUUAGUGAUGGGAAGACACAAAUAGAUUAUGUGUUAGUUUGGGAGGCAAAGAAAGAUGCAGUGGAUGAAAAGCAGAAGAAUUUGAGGAAAAAAUUAUUUGGUUACCUGAAAAAGCAUGGACUCAGGAUGGAGGAACACCACUUCCAGAAGAAAGAUCUAACUAUCCAUUUCAUGUUGCUCAAUGCUCCUUGGGCAGUGCUGUGUUACUAUGCUGAGGAGAUGUCUAUGAAGGUACCUCUAAAGGUGCGGAAUCCAGCUGAUGACGAUUGGCUUCACAAGAUGGAAGCUCAAAUGAGGAGGACUAAUGGAAAGACAGAUUCAGAAAAGCCGUGUUCUGAAAAUUCUGCAAAGUCUCUGAAAAAAAAGACUACGGAAUCAGUAUUUUUCUAUGACAACGUGCCCAGACACCCACCUGAGACGUUCAACUGUCAUUUUAAACUUCGCAAACUAAACAGCUUCUUGGGAAGUGGAAACCAAGAUGUGUUUUUUACAAACACCCAACGACACCAGAUUUUGUAUGAAAUCCUGGCCAAUGCCCAAUAUGGAGUCAGCUGCCGUGGUGAAGUUGGUGUGGAAAGAUUAUUGAAAGAAGGUGUUUUUAGUGAUGCAUAUCCUCUGCACGAUGGGGAUUAUACUUAUGAAUCAAAAGCUUCUCCAGAUGAACUGACACACAGACAGAUCCUGUCCAAAUACUGGGCUCGCUGGAGUAAAUGGUACAAAUACCAGCCUCUGGACCAUGUUAGGAAAUACUUUGGUGAAAAGAUAGCCCUCUAUUUCGCAUGGUUGGGUUUCUACACUACUUGGCUUCUACCUGCUGCUGUGAUUGGAACCAUCGUGUUUAUGUUCGGCUUUUAUAUUUCAGUCCAUGACAUUCCUACGAUGGAAGUUUGUCAGAGUGACAGUUUGUAUGUCAUGUGUCCCAUUUGUAAACUCUGCCCGUACUGGAACUUAUCAAGCAUAUGUAACUUGUACAAGGCCGGGGUGCUGUUUGACAAUGUAGGGACUCUUCUAUUCAGUUUCUUCAUGUCCGUCUGGUCAGUUACAUUCUUAGAAUAUUGGAAAAGAUAUAACGCUACAUUGUCAUAUCGGUGGGACUGCUUGGAAUUUACUGAAAUCGAGGAACCACCACGGCCUGAGUUCACGGCAUUAGCCCCUCUCACAAUCCUGAAUCCCAUCACCAAGAUGGAAGAGCCAUAUUUCCCAAAAACUCGACAACUGCGUAGAGUCUUGGCAGGAUCCAUGGUCAUUGUGCUAAUGAUAGCCAUUGUCAUCAUAUUCCUAAUAUCUGUCAUCUUAUACCGUAUCAUCAUCUUUUUGGUGGUGGUCAAAUCAGGAAUGAUCUAUUCAUCUGCCAGUCUUAUAACCAGCGUCUCAUCCUCUGUGCUUAGUUUGAUCAUAACCCUCAUUCUCUCCAGAAUUUAUGUAUCUCUGGCUCACUUUUUGACUCAAUGGGAGAUGCACCGAACUGAGACUCAAUAUGAAGACGCUUUCACCUUCAAAGUCUUCAUAUUUGAGUUUGUUAAUUAUUAUUCCACUCCAAUUUACAUUGCAUUUCUUAAAGGCAGAUUUUUGGGGUACCCUGGUAAUGAAACUACAAUUUUUCGAUAUCGGAAUGAAAAUUGUAAACCUGGAGGGUGCCUCAUUGAACUGGCUCAGCAGAUGCUAAUUAUUAUGGUUGGGAAACAAGUUCUUAACAACAUUAAAGAAUUUCUGUUUCCGAAGUUGGAACUCUGCUGGCAUAGGAUGACACUGAGCUCUAAUAAGGGCCAGAAGAAUGAGCAGAUAAAUCCAUGGGAGAGGGAUUACCAGAUGAUUACCUAUCAAGGACUGUUUGAUGAGUACUUGGAAAUGGUCAUACAGUUUGGAUUCAUAACCAUAUUUGUGGCUGCCUGUCCCCUGGCCCCGCUCUUUGCCUUGCUCAACAAUUGGAUUGAGGUGCGCCUGGAUGCUAAGAAAUUUGCGUGUGAAUACCGUCGUCCAGUAGCUACACGUGCUCAAGACAUCGGGAUAUGGAUGUCAAUUCUGGAGGCCAUCACAUCUAUUGCAGUCAUUGGCAACGCAUUUCUAGUGGCAUUCACAUCCGACAUUCUGCCCCGUGCUUAUUACCAGUACAAGAUGAAUGGAAAUUUAACUGGAUACAUCAACUUUACUUUGGCUAACGCUCCUGAGGUGUAUGUGAAGGACCAUUCCCCCUGCAGGUAUCAAGGAUUCAGAGACUCGGAGGGGAAUCUGUCCUUUGAUUUUUGGGUACUCAUGGUAAUACGGUUAGCUUUUGUUAUUGUGUUUGAGCACGUGGUAUUUUUCCUUGGUCGAAUGAUUGAUUUUCUAGUUCCUGAUGUGCCUGAGUCAGUUGAGAUCAAGCUGAAAAGGGAGCGUUUCCUUGCAAAGCAGGCAUUGGCAGAGAAUGAGUUUUUGGCUUGGACCCUGGACACUGAAUGUGUGAUAGAGAGGACUUUACCAGAUAUGGAACAUGAAGAUUCAAAUCUAAGCAUCGUGGUUUCGAAUGAAGACUGACACUAAAACUGAUCAUCAGAUCUAUGGAUCUAGUACACUUCUUGAAGCGACACAUUGCAUGAGGAUAUUGACCCCAACUUUACCAAAAAACUUGUGUACCCAGAUAUCAAUUGGCUUUUCUUUCUCCAGUACUUACAUUUUUAGCAGAGAUCCUUCAAAGCCAUUAUUGAGUUGAACACUUUUUAAAAAAACAUUUUUUGUAAUUGUUGAUACAUAGAAUAUUUACACUGUAUAUUUA